GGUUCGAGAUACGCGGGAACAGAUUCUUCGGUUUGGUGGGGAAUUAAAAGGAGAAGCCAUCGCAGCCUCUGUCUUUCUCAACAAUUCAUAUUCCGGUAACUGAUUUCUUUGCUCAGAGAUGGCUAGGGCACCGACGACCGCUGCCGGAGCGUUAACGGCCUCCUCCCCUUCACUCACCACCACCGUCAUCUUGGCCAACGGAUCCUCUUCCUCUCAGCCACCCGAAACCCUAGUGCUCCGUCUCAAUCGGAAGAAGAAGAAGGUCUCGUGGAAGGAAGGGACCGUCGACAACGAGUUCAUGCAGAAGAAAAGCUCGAAGAAGUGCUGUAUAUUCCACAAGCAGAAGCCCUUUGACGAGGACGAUAGCGAUCAAGAGGAUGAUGAGAAUCACCAUCACAGGGAUGGAGGCCCUUGCUGCUCUAGGGGAAACGGCGGGGAUGCUUCCAGUAGAGUCAGUUGAUAGUGCGGAUUCUGAUGUAAAGAUGAUGUUUCGAAAGGUUAUUGAAUUUGAGUGUGUGCGUGUUUCUUUCUUUCUUUCUUCUUUUUCUUCUUAUUGAAUCGGAUUGGUUGUCAGAUUAUCUCAUUACACUCAAUUUUUUCGUCGAAGUCACCGAUAUCAGAAUCUGCUCGACGAACGAUACGUUAUUUAAUUCGAAUCAUCGUAGGUGGAUGUAUAUUGGUCACCAGUUUACCAAAUGAAAGUUUGCAUUUCGUUUCUCGAUUUC